AUGAGAUCUUUUGCAGGCCAAACUCCUUUGAUCAGGAUUAAUUCUCUCAGUAAGAUCACGGGGUGUGAGAUCUUGGGUAAAUGCGAGUUCUUGAACCCAGGUGGUUCGGUUAAAGAUCGGAUAGCUCUAAGAAUCAUUCAAGAAGCAGAAAGAAAAGGGGAAAUUUUCCCAAAUUCGAAACCUAAAUGGAAACUCUUUGAAGGUACAAGUGGUAGUACUGGAAUCUCAAUUUCACUGGUAGCUAGAGCUUUAGGUUACGAAGCAGAAAUCGUUUUACCUGAUGAUACAGCACGAGAAAAGUCAGAAUUAAUAGAAAAAAUGGGAGCUAAAGUGAUCAAAGUUAGACCCGUUAGUAUUGUUAACUCAUCACAUUAUGUUAAUAUAGCCAAACAACGUGCAUUAGAUUAUAAACCGAUUUGGAAUGGAGUAGGAGUAGAAAGAGGAUUUUUUGUGAACCAAUUUGAUAAUUUGAUUAAUUCUCAAACACAUUAUGAGAGUACAGGUUUAGAAAUUUGGGAACAAACUGAAGGUCAACUUGAUUAUUUUGUAUCAGGUUCAGGUACAGGUGGUACAUUAACAGGUAUAGGUAAACGAUUAAAAGAAAAUGAUUCAAAGAUUAAAUUGAUCUUGGCUGAUCCACCUGGUUCAGGUUUAUUUCAUAAAGUUUGGUAUGGGGUUAUGUAUUGUGAUACUGAAGCUGAAGGAAAACGUAGAAGACAUCAAAUGGAUACAAUUGUUGAAGGGAUCGGACUGAAUCGGUCAACUAAAAACUUUGAAGAAGGACUAGAUUUAAUAGAUGAUGCAAUCAGGGUAACAGAUCAAGAAGCCAUUAAGAUGUCUAGAUAUUUGGUUAAUCAAGAAGGACUCUUUCUAGGUUCUUCUUCAGCUGUGAAUCUAGUAGGUUGUGUAAAACUCAUUAAAUCUUUAGAAUUUGAAACCCCUUUGAGGAUCGUUUGUAUUCUGUGUGAUUCGGGUCAAAGACAUUUAUCAAAGUUUUGGAAUGAUGAAUAUUUAUUGGGGUUAGAAUUCGAUUUAGAUGUUGAUGAAGAUUUUGAUCCAAUGGAAUACUUUUGAUUUUUUUUUACUUUUUUGGGUUCUUUGUUUGGAUUUAUAUUAACUAAAAUUAGCAUUGUUGGAUGUGAUAGAUGGUUAUUUUUUUGGAUUUGUUUAUAGAUAUAUAUAGUUUGGUAUUUGUUCAUAGUUCAACUUCAAUCAAAGUCUUUGUUUAUUAGAAUGCAUUCAUAACAAUCCACUCCAAGCCAAUUAAUAGUAAUAUUUUAUCAAGCUUAUGAAUCAUG